CAGAACAGGGAGUAGGACACGUUGAAGCUGAGGUGAGACUGACUUCAGAUAAGAAGAUGAGUAGGGUGGAGGAAGAGGAAGUAGCAGAGUCUAUAGGUUCUGGCUGUCUGUUUGUGAAGAGUGAAUGGUCCAUAAAUUCUCCUCCAUACUUCGGUAAUGAACCUGGACCCUUAGACACAAGUGAACAAGGAUCCUCAAAUGACGAGUCUGCUUCAUCAGGAGAUGAUUCAGAUCCCAAGUAUGACAAGAGAUGCAGAACAAGUCCUGUACGGCAGACAGCCAGUCAGACCAGCUCUGUACGAAUGCCUGGCAGUCUGCAGGAGGCUUUACUUAAACAUAAGAUCAGUCUGAGGAGGAGAUGUGAACGUGUGACUGAAGGAAGUGAUGCAACAGGAAGUGGAACCCUCCUCAACAGGAUCUACACUGAGCUCUACAUCACAGAGGGACAGAGUGAAGAAGUUAAUACCCAACAUGAGGUGAGGCAGCUGGAGACAGCUUCCAAGAAGAAGACUGUCCACGACGCUCCAAUCAAGUGCCAGGACAUCUUUAAAGCCUUACCUGACCAACAGGGACCCAUCAGAGUGGUUCUGACAAACGGCGUCGCUGGCGUUGGUAAAACCUUCUCGGUGCAGAAGUUCAGUCUGGACUGGGCAGAGGGUUUGGAGAACCAAGAUGUCAGUGUGGUGAUUCCGCUUUCGUUCAGGGAGCUGAACUUGAUCAGAGAUGAGCAGUACAGUCUUCUGGAGCUGCUCCAUGUUUUCCAUCCAACAUUACAGAAGGUCACAGCAGAGAAGCUCGCCGUCUGUAAACUUCUGUUCAUCUUUGACGGCCUGGAUGAAAGCAGACUUUCUCUGGAUUUCAACAAGAAGAAAAUAGUCUCUGAUGUCACACAGAAGUCAUCGGUCAACGUGCUGCUGACAAACCUCAUCGAGGGGAAUCUGCUUCCCUCGGCUCUCGUCUGGAUAACUUCCCGACCUGCAGCGGCCAAUCAGAUCCCUCCUGCAUGUGUUGACAGGAUGACAGAAGUACGAGGCUUCACUGACGCCCAGAAGGAGGAGUACUUCAGGAGGAGGGUCAGUGAUAAAGAGCGCUCCAGCACAAUCAUCUCACACAUCCAGAAAUCCAGGAGCCUCCACAUCAUGUGUCUGAUCCCAGUCUUCUGCUGGAUCACUGCUACAGUUCUGGACCACAUGUUGACUACGGAGCAGAGAGGAGAGCUGCCCAAGACCCUGACUGACCUGUACUCACACUUCCUGCUGGUUCAGACCAAGAAGAAGAAGCAGAAGUAUGAUGGGGGACAUGAGACGAGUCCACAGGAGCUGAUGGAGGCUGACAGAGAAGUUCUUCUGAAGCUGGGGAGGCUGGCGUUUGAACAGCUGCAGGAAGGAAACAUCAUGUUCUACCAAGAAGACCUGGAGCGCUGUGGUCUGGAUGUCACAGAGGCCUCGGUGUACUCAGGAGUUUGUACAGAGAUCUUCAAAAGAGAGAGUGUGAUCUUCCAGAAAACAGUCUACUGCUUCGUUCAUCUGAGCAUUCAGGAGUUUCUGGCUGCAGUCUACAUGUUCCACUGUUACACCAACAGGAAGACAGAGGUAUUGAAGGCUUUUCUGGGGAAAAGAGAAGAAAAAGGAGUUCAUGAUGAUGAUUACGAUGAUGAUGAUGACUGGGACAUUGGAAGUGACCCGUCCCUGGAUAAAUUCCUGAGGAGCGCCAUGGAGAAAUCCCUUGAAAGUGAAAAUGGCCACCUGGACCUGUUUGUUCGCUUCCUUCAUGGCCUCUCUCUGAAGUCCAACCAGAGACUGUUAAGAGGUCUGCUGGGUCAGACAGACAACAGUCCAGGAAUCAUCCAAAGAGCCAUCAAGAACCUGAAGGAGAUGAACAGUAGUAAAGUAUCCCCUGACAGAAGCAUCAACAUCUUCCACUGUCUGUUGGAGAUGAACGGCCUCUCAAUACAUCAGGAGAUUGAAGAGUUCCUGAAGUCAGACAACAGAGAAAAGUCAGAGAAGAAUCUCUCUGAGAUCCACUGCUCAGCUCUGGCCUACAUGCUGCAGAUGUCAGAUAAGGUUCUGGAUGAGUUGGACCUGGGGAAGUACAAUGCAAGACUGGAGGGAAAAUGGAGACUGAUUCCAGCUGUGAGGAACUGCAGAAAGGCUGUACUGACUGGCUGCAGUUUGUCAGAUGUAGCCUCUGCGUCUCUGGCCGCAGCUCUGAAGUCCAACCCCUGCCAUCUGAGAGAGCUGGAGCUGAGCUUCCUCCAUGUGUGGGAUACAGCUGUGAACCAGCUUUCUGCUGGACUUGAGAGCCCCCACUGCCAACUGGAGACUCUGAGACUGAUGCGAGGCAGUUUGUCAGAAACCAGCUGUGAUACUCUGGUGGGCUCAGCUCUGAAGUCCAACCUCUCCCAUCUAAGAGAGCUGGAGCUGAGUGAAACUGGGCUGUCUGAUUCAGGAGUGAAGAUGCUGUGUGGUUUUCUGAAGAAUCCAAACUUUCUCCUGGAGAAACUAAGAUUAAGCGGCUUGUCAGAGAUCAGCUGUGCUUCUCUGGCCUCAGCUCUGAAGUCCAACCCCUCCCUUCUGAGAGAGCUGGACCUGAGUGACACCAACCUGAAGGAUUCAGGAGUGAAGCUGUGUGAUUUUCUGGCGAGUCCAAACUGCAGACUGGAGACUCUGAGAUUGAGGCGCUGCAGUUUGUCUGAGACCAGCUGUGCUUCUCUGGCCUCAGCUCUGAAGUCUAACCCCUCCCAUCUGAGAGAGCUGCAGCUGAGUGGAAACGAGCUGCAGGAUUCAGGAGUGAAGCUGCUGUGUGAUUUCCUAAAGAGUUCAAACUGCAGACUGGAGACUCUGGGAUUGAGUGGCUGCAGGUUAUCAGAGAUCAGCUGUGCUUCUCUGGCCUCAGCUCUGAAGUCCAACCCCUCCCAUUUGAGAGAACUGGACCUGAGAGAGAACAAGCUGCAGGAUUCAGGAGUGAAGCUGCUGUGUGAUCUGAAGGAGAGUCCACACUGCAGACUGGAGACUCUGAGGUGGAAGUGGACUCACUAGCAGAGUUCACGGUCAGGGAGACGACUGAUGGAGAACAACAAGUGGCGAGGACUCUGAGUGCUGCAGCCUGAGCUGCUCUGAGAUAAGCUCCACUGUCAGACACAAAGUCCAGUCCACCGUCCUCCCUGUGUGUUCCUCUGGAUGUGACAGAGUAUCAUCAGAGUAUCUGGACUGCUCUGCUGCUGCUCUGUCCUUCUACACAGUCUCUGCAGACACACUGAGACUCCUCCACCAACUGAACCUCCACCUGGACAGGAGGAUAAAACAGUCCCGGAGCUGUUUGUUUUAUUGAUUUAUAUACAGUAGUGUUCAAAAUAAUAGCAGUCCAAUGUGACUAACCAGAUUAAUCCAGGUUUUUAGUAUAUUUUUUAUUGCUUCAUGACAAACAAGGUACCAGUAGGUGCAGUAGAUUCUCAGAAAACCAACAAGACCCAGCAUUCAUGAUAUGCAGCUCUUAAGGCUGUGCAAUUGGGCAAUUAGUUGAAAGGGUUGUGUUCAAAAAAUUAGCAUUAACAUUCUUAAUAUGGUGUUUAAAAUGUUAUGAGUGCAACUAAAACUAUUAAUUAUAAUUUAAUUAAUGGUAAAAUAACUAUAAGCUUACAUUAAUAUACCAUCUAUUUGCCAUUUAUAAAUGAUUUAGUUAGUUAAACAUUAAUCAAUUAUGUAUUUACCAUUCUAAAUGGCCUAUAUACAGUUUAUAAAUGAUGAUUAAACAUGAAUAUUAGUUACUAUUAUUAUCUGUUUACCAUUUAUAAAUGAUGAUUUCUUUCAUCUGUUUUACAAAUUAUAUUUUCAAUUUAUCUAUGUAGUUUGAGAGGGAACUGAUAUGAUGCUGAUGUAAACAAGAAAAAUAAUUCAUGAAAUUAUGGAAAAUAAAUUACAGAUCGACUGUAUAGUAGUUUAUUUGUCCUUGCUUUUAAAAAAUAAAUAAAUACUGCAUACAAACUGAUAUAUGGGUCUGAUAACAUUUUACAUAUCAUCACUGCCCCCUGCUGCUCAUCCACUUUACAGGCAAGGAGCAGUUAAUCUCAAACAAACCUAUUAAUUAUCUGUUUUCCCAUUCAACUUGAAACAAAAAAAACAUGUAGCCUAUAAAGCACACCGACCUGCCAGAAGAGGGGGAUGUGUGUCUAUUGUAGGGUUCCUUUUGAAAUCACAGAAUCUUAGUAUAAGGUAAAGCAGUAUGAAGCUCACCUGAAAAAGUAUCCAAUGCCUAAUUUGGCUGAUUCUCAUGAAGCCAGUCCAAGUUAUGACUGUGAAGAUUAUAAGGACAUACUUUAUUAAACUAAAUAUAUUUCACUUUUAUAUGAAUGAACAAUAUGGCCAUAAUGAAGCAAAAUGCAUUGUUUUGUGCUUAAAUAAUACUUUUGAACAUAUUUUUGAUUCACAAAUUCAUAACCGUAAUGCGUCCAGAUAAAAAUGUCAUGGUUUCCCCACACUUAUAUACAAUACAUAUUUAAUAAACUUUAUAAAAAUAAAUAAUUUGUUUAAAAAUGUAUAAUUUAACAUAAUAUAAUCAAACAUAAUGGUU